AUGGGGCGCAGCGUCGCCCCCGCUCCCGGACCGCCGGCCCCCUGGCCCCGGCUCCCGCAGCUGCCGUUGCUGCUGCUCGCGCUGGCGGCCCGCGGGAGCUGGGGCGCGCCCGCACCCCGCGCGGAGGACCUCAGCUUGGGAGUGGCGUGGCUGAGCAAGUUCGGCUACCUGCCCCCUGCAGACCCCACAACAGGGCAGCUGCAGAUACGGGAGGAGUUGACGAAGGCCAUUGUGGCCAUGCAGCGGUUCGGAGGGCUGGAGGCCACCGGCAUCCUGGACGAGGCCACCCUGGCGCUGAUGAAGACCCCUCGGUGUUCCCUCCCGGACCUCCCAGCUGCAGCCCCGGCACGAAGGAGACGCCAGGCUCCAGCUCCCACCACGUGGAACAGGAGGAGCUUGUCCUGGAGGGUCCGCACAUUCCCGCGGGACUCGCCCCUCGGCCGCGACACGGUGCGUGCGCUCAUGCACUAUGCCCUCAAAGUCUGGAGCGACAUCACGCCCCUCAACUUCCACGAGGUGGCGGGCAGCACUGCGGACAUCCAGAUCGACUUCUCCACGGCUGACCACGACGACGCCUACCCCUUCGAUGGCCCCGGCGGCACGGUGGCCCAUGCCUUCUUCCCCGGCGACCACCACACCGCAGGGGACGCCCACUUCGAUGACGACGAGUCCUGGGCCUUCCGCUCGUCAGAUGCCCACGAUAUGGACCUGUUUGCGGUGGCUGUCCACGAGUUUGGCCACGCCAUCGGGCUGAGCCAUGUGGCGGCCACGAGCUCCAUCAUGCAGCCCUACUACCAGGGCCCGGUCGGCGACCCUCUGCAUUACAGGCUCUCCUAUGAGGACAGGGUGCGGAUCUGGCAGCUGUACGGCGUGCGGGAGUCCGUGUCCCCCACGGCACAGCCACACACCCCGGAGCCCGAGGAGCCUCCGCGCCUGCCAGAGCCCCCCGACAAUCGGUCCAGCACCCCGCCCAGGAAGGACGAGCCUCACCGUUGCAGAACCGACUUCGACGCCGUGGCCCAGAUCCGCGGCGAGGCCUUUUUCUUCAAAGGCAGGUACUUCUGGCGGCUGACGAGGGACAGGCACCUGGUGUCGCUGCAGCCCGCUCAGACACACCGGUUCUGGCGGGGCCUGCCGCCGCACCUGGACAGCGUGGACGCCGUGUAUGAGCGCGCCGGCGACCACAAGAUCGUCUUCUUCAAAGGAGACAGAUACUGGGUAUUUAAGGACAAUAACGUAGAGGAAGGAUACCCGCGGCCCGUCUCAGACUUCGGCCUCCCGCCGGGCGGCGUCGACGCUGCCUUCUCCUGGGCCCACAAUGACAAGACUUAUUUCUUUAAGGACCAGCUGUACUGGCGCUUUGAUGAGCACACACGGCGCAUGGACCCCGGCCACCCCGCCCGGAGCCCCCCGUGGAGGGGCAUCCCCAGCAUGCUCGACGACGCCAUGCGCUGGUCCGACGGUGCUGCUUACUUCUUCCGCGGCAAGGAGUACUGGAAGGUGCUGGACAGCGAGCUGGAGGCCGCGCCCGGGUACCCACAGUACACGGCGCGGGACUGGCUGGUCUGCAGAGACCCGCAGGCGGACCCGGAGGGUUCGGGCAGAGAGGCUGGGGCCCAUGCCCGGCCAGGGCAGCAUGGCCAGAGCCGCGCGGAGGACGCCUUCGAGGUCUGCUCCUGCACCUCCCCCGCCUCCCCUCCCCCGGGGGCCUCGGGCCCGCUGCUGGUGGCCUCAGUCUUGCUGACCCCCGGCGCCCUGUGGACAGCGGCCCGGGCCCUGGCGCUCUGA